AUGGGUGGAGCAAUCAACACUUUGGCCUUUCCGGCCCCUAACUUGCCGCGCCAAUUCUAUGAGGAUGAGCUAAAGACGCGCCCGGACCUGGUUUGGUUGGAAACAGUUAACAAGGAGCGAAUUCCGGCCUGCCACGUGAGGGGAGGUUCUUCCGGCAAGACUCUGCUUUACAGCCAUGGCAAUGCGGAGGACCUCGGGCUUCACCUAGAAUACAUUGAUUCCCUGGCUCACUUCACCGGUGCGGAUGUCUUCAGCUAUGAGUACGUGGGCUAUUCCCUCUCCAAGCUUCAAGGCUGCCAGCCCUCGGAGGCAGCCUGCCUACGAAGCAUUGAUGCUGCAUGGCGUUACUUGGUCGACAUGCAAAAAAUACCUCCGCAGCAGAUUAUCAUCUUCGGAAGAUCCAUUGGUUCUGGCCCGUCUGUGGACCUCGCGUCUCGCAAGGAAGUGGAAGGCUCACAACACUCGCCACUGAACGCGGCUGGCGUCGUUCUACAGUCUCCUUUGGAAAGUGGCGCGAGAGCCGUGCUUGGUCACGUCACCUCUUUUCUAGGCUACCACCUGGACAUAUUCAGGAAUUAUGAGAAGAUAGACAAGAUCACCUCCCCCGUUGCAAUCAUGCCA